AACUGUCUCACUACUGGUGGGACUCUAGAAUGGGGAGGUCUGUCCAUGUAACAGCGGUGCGCUAAAUCCAAUGUAAAUUGGGACUGAUUCGACGCUUCUUUCUGUGAGCUGGUGAAUAAAGUUGUGAAGCUCUUCUGCCUGCUUCAAGUCAUUCAGCGCGGACGUGUAAUCCCCGCGUCAGGGCACAAUGGAAGAGGAUAACAACGUAUUCCCCGAACUGAAGGACAUAGAGACAAAAGUGGGUCGUAAAGUCCCCGAAAGUCUCAUUCGUUCACUUGUUGGAGGAAAACAUAAAGAGCAGCACGAGAAGUCCACGGCGACGCAUUUAGGGGACUGCAAGUUGUGCAGUAAUUCUGCGGACUUGAAAAGACUGGAGAGCAAAAUGCUGUUCCUGAAACAAGAAAUGGCACAUCUGCGAGCCAUUGAUGGGAAGCUGAUGCAGCAGCUGAUGUCUAUCAACGAGGGCAUCGAGUCCAUCCGGUGGAUGAUGGAAGACAAAGGAGGCGUUGCCAGCCAAGAGGGGAGCCUGACGGGCAGCUUGUACAGCCUGUCAGAUAGCCAGGACGGUACCUCACUGCGAGGCAGCUUUAACAGCUUGAAUGAUGGGAACAGUGACGGACUGGAUAGUCUGUCUGUGGGCAGCUACUUGGACACGCUAGCAGAGGACCUCUCGGACAACCCGUCACCAACAGAUCUCGACAGUUUUGUGGAUAAAUCAGUUAUCGACGGAGAUGCUUUCAGCAAGUCGCCUCUGAAACUCAGGGUGGAAUCAGACGAAUACUACUGCUUUGGAUAAUAUGAAGCUAAAACAUGGUGGUUGCAGAGACUACUGACUAACUCUGACAUAUUAACACAGCUGUCAGGUUAUUUUCUCACAUGAUUUGAAUUUUGUCAGUGUAGCGGCAGCAAAGAUGUUGGCAAGACUUAGAAAAUGACUCAUGACACCUUGAACCUUGAAACCAGUUUCCUUAAGUUGUAACACCAAGUCCUUAACACACCUCAUGAAACAAUUCCCACUUAAUGUCACACUAACCACAAUGAAACUUCUUAACAACUCUUAAUAUCUUAAUACUUUAUGAUGCAGGUCAAUUGAAUUUAAAGGGUGCUCUAUUUUAAACAAUUCUGUAUUUAUUUGGAGGUUUGCAGUACCUCAGCUAUUUAUUUUACAAUUAAUUAAAAUUACAUCCUAGCAAGUAAGGCGUGGAUGGAAGUAGCAACAUUAGCAGAACAGCAAAUGUCCUUCUUUAUCUUUAUAAAUGUUAACUUAACUAUGUGUUAAGUCAACCAUUAUAAACUGAUCCUAGUAAAGGAGUAGAUAAGGAUUUAGCUGCAAUUUGGAAAAUUGGGCAUUUAAUGCGGUGCGAUCGGAGAGAUUAACUAUUUUAAGUGGCGCAGUGAUAUGUUUAAGUGUUACACAGCCAGUGCAAUUUGUUUCCAUGCCAAAUCUUUGAGUGUUGCCGACUGUAAACGUUAAAGCUUUUGAUUGAUUUUUCUUAGACAUUUUGACUGACAUACAGAACCCCAUCCUGAAAAAGUGGUGUUUACAUGUACACAGAAGAGAUAAGUAGCACAUUCAAAACACAUAUGCUUGACUGAAAGACCAAAGCGAUUUGAUUGUCUUACAGAUAAUUUAUACCCGGGGGAGGGGGGGGGGGAACCCUAUGAACAGCAGAUGGGAGAUUUGUUGGUGUUGGACAUAUGUGGAACACGUUUGCUCUGUGGGCACAUUUUAAAUCUCUGUUGUAAAAAAAAAAAAAAAAAGAUUAAAU